UUAAGUUUUCCUUUUACCACAGAGAAGGGCGAACUCUCUUAAGGAAUGAGAAUUUUACAGGAGACAAGAGAACGAGACUUUAAUGGUAAGGGAUCAGGUGGAGAAGACAAACCUAAGAGAGAGACAGAGAAGAUAUAAAUAGAGAGGAGGCAGCACUGGAAGCUGAGCGUAGCUUAAGGCAAGAAUGCCUCUUGCAAAGGAGGCAGCGACUUAGACAGCCACGAAGGAGCAAUUUUCCUUUCUCUUUUUUAUUUUUUAUUUUUUUAUUCAUAUAUGUUUCUUGAAUACUAUAAAAUCACAAGAACUUUCUUCUUCAAGAAAAUGUAAAUACUUCUACAGCAAUUCAAGAACGGCAGUUCUUUUCUGGAAGUUCUUACAUCUAUAUAUAUAUAUAUAUAUAUAUAUAGAUAUUUACUUAUUUAUUUCAGUUGAUUGAGGUAGGAAUUAAAGAAAAUUAAUUAAUUAGGUAAUUGAGCCAAGAUGAGGAGCAUGGCAAGCUCCGGCAGUCCCAAAGGCAUCGCCGCCAUUGUUGGUGUCGGACCAAAGCUCGGCCGGUCCAUUGCCCGUAAGUUCGCUCAUGAAGGAUACACUGUUGCCAUCCUUGCUCGUGACUUAGGGAAACUAUCAAGAUUUGCAGAUGAAAUAGCAAGACAAGAAAAAGCUCAAGUAUUUGCUAUAAGAAUUGACUGCUCAGACUCAAGAAGUGUAAGAGAAGCAUUUGAAGGAGUUCUUUCACUUGGGUUUGUAGAAGUACUUGUCUACAAUGCUUAUCAACAGGUUUCUUGGCUUCCGACUAGUUUUUCAGACAUUCGCAUCGACUCCUUCGAAAAAUCCCUUGCUGUCUCCUCCAUAGGAGCCCUUCUUUGCGCCCAGCAGGUUCUUCCAGGAAUGGUGGAGAGAGGAAAAGGGACAAUUUUAUUCACAGGAUGUUCAGCUUCCUUAAAUGGCAUUGCUGGUUUCUCAGAACUAUGCUGUGGAAAAUUUGCACUGAGAGGUUUAGCACAAUGUCUAGCAAGGGAGUUUCAGCCUCUAGGAGUUCACAUUGCCCAUGUUAUCAUAGAUGGUGUGGUUGGUCCACCUAGGGGACCCUCAAGCUCCCAGAGGACGUCAGUUGCGGAACAACAGCAACAGAGCGGCGGUGGAGAGAUGAUGGACCCUGACUCGCUGGCUUUAACCUACUGGCACUUGCACGUUCAAGACCGAACAGCCUGGACCCAAGAGAUUGACCUUCGCCCCUCCAAUUCUAUCCCAAGAUUCUGUUAAUCAACUCCUUCAAUUCCUUCCUACACCACUACACCCUUUCCUUUUCUUUCCUCUCACUAUCUCAUUAUCAUCACAAUUUAAGUAUCUGAGUGCUCAAGAAAUCAGAAAAUUCCAAUUUACAGAAAGUUAUUAUUGUUUUUUACACUGUUUUGUUUUUACUCCUUGGCUAUCUAUAUCCCAUGGAGGAAUCCACUUGGAGGAUGCACCCAUUUGUGUCUUAUACUAACUUCAAGUGGUCAGAGUUGAAAGAAUUUCUUUCUUUCUUGUUCUGAAUUUUCAUUAUCAUUUUGGGUUUGGAAUUGCUUAUUGUAUUGGGAUUUGGGUGAUUUAGUUUGAUGUAUAAUGUAAAUAAUUGUAAUAUAUAUUGAAGUUUUUCUGACUGAUGAACUGUCUGAGUGAUUGACAAA